UUAUCUAUAUCGUGUUUCACGGACAUUCUUUACGACUAAUGAUAAAUAAUAAUAGGAAUUAAACAAGUUUACAUUCUGUUGUGUAACACUGAAAAGUUUGAAGUUUAACGCUUAGACAUUUUUUAAUUUCUGUCUAUUCGUUUAUUGAAGAACUAAAAGCGUCGGAAACUAGGAAAGUGAAUUAUAAAAGUUUGGCCAACAACAAGGCCACACGCGCAAUCUCAGAAUAGUAACAAUUUGUCAUUUCAGAUGGCCAACCUCUAUAAAAACUACUUGAAACUGUUGCAGCAAUGGCCGUUGGACCCCAGUAAAACCGGCAGAGAUCUUGGAGAACACAUCCGUAAAGAAGUAGGAGCGGCCUUCAGCUCUGGUGAUUCCUUUCGUGGUGAUACCACAAAGUGCUUAAAGAAAUACGAGUCCCUCAAACGUCUGGCGGACAACCACUACUGCAACAAAUACAAGCGUUCAAUCCAAUCAUCAGCGUCCGGGCUCAGUAGUCAACAUUGCACGGCUGUAUUGUCUAGAGAAUCUUUAGCAAUUUUAAAUAAUCAAAAUGAAGGCUUCUUUAAGACAACUUUUAACAAAAUCAAAGAUAAAAUUAGUACGCCAUCACAACAGCAGGCCUCACAAACCAGUACUGCUGGAAGAAGCAAUUAGUUAUCUCUCACCUCAAAAGGGCCACAACAUCAUAGACAUGACAUUCGGGGCCGGGGGACACACGGAAAGGAUUCUGCAAGAAAAUGAUACAACAGUUGUUUAUUGUUUGGAUAGAGACCCAACUGCAUGUGCUAUGGCAAAACUACUUUCUGAACGUUAUCCAAACAGAGUGGUACCUUUGAAGGGUAAAUUUAGUGAUUUGCCAGUUCUGUUAAAAAAUUUAGGAUGCAAAAUGAAUAGCUUUGAUGGUAUUUUAUUUGAUUUUGGUGCUUCUUCUAUGCAAUUUGAUACGGCUUCCAGAGGCUUUUCAAUUAGUAAGAAUGGCCCCUUAGAUAUGCGAAUGGAUCCUGAAGAACAGACUAUUACUGCGGCAGAUGUAUUAGCCAAAGCUGAUCAAUCAGAUCUAUAUAAAAUAUUUAAAGUAUACGGAGAGGAAAAACAGUCAAAGAAAAUUGCAAAUGCUGUAAUCGAAGCAAGGUAUUUAUUUAAGCCACUAAAAACUACACGUGAUUUUUGUGAGCUUGUCCAAAAUGUUUGCGACAAUGAGAUGAGAAGCGACAUGUUGCAUAGGCCAGCUCAUCCAGCUACCAAAGUGUUCCAAGCGUUACGCAUAUUUGUCAACAAUGAAUUGAACGAGAUCAACCACAGUAUAGUGUUGGCAAGCCGUUAUUUGAAAAUGGGAGGAGUCAUGGUGACGGUUGCUUUUCAUUCUCUCGAAGACACCAUAGUAAAACGGCAUAUUCAGGGUAAUGUCAAUGAAAACAUGGCUAACACUCUGCCCUUGAAGUACAUUAACCCAAUGCAGGCCUACGAUAAAGAGUUUAUGAGUGUAGUCAAUGACACUUGUUGGCAUCAAAUCCACAAGCAUGUGAUAACUCCAAGUGUUGAAGAGGUUGAAUCAAAUCCUAGAAGCAGAUCAGCACGCCUCAGGGCGGCCGUUCGAAUCAAAUAGUACUAGUUUUUGUUAGAUUUUGUCAUCUUAUUUUUGUAGAUUAAAUAUUAUUAUUCUUAAAA